AUGCCGCCCAGAGUCACGUUUGGAGAAGUGGACGAGAGCCAAGAACAGGUCGCCGCCGCCCUCGUACAUCCCCACCUCACUGAUCUACACACCCACGGAACCCUUAGAGCGUGUGCGGCUGCGACACGAGCCGGCGGCGAAGGGCGGGCCGUGCGAUGCGCCCGCGAAACAUUAGACGCUUUGCGACGCGAUGGCGACAACCGUCCACCGCACGUCAUUGUGGUCGACGCACGACAACCACAGAUGCUUGACGCGACGCUUCUAGCAAAUGGGGCGUAUCAAGUGUCAUCUGACUCUGCCGGAUAUAGUGUAGCGUUCUACAAUACGUCUCCACAAUGGCUCUCACCUAUUUGUGUCAUCCUCAUGACACAAUAUCAUAAAGGAACAGUGAAAUAA